CUAAGAAAAAACAAGGAGCUUUUUUGGAAUUUUCUGUCUCUAUUAGAUCACUUUUUUGGAAAGAUUGUGCGAAUACAGAUGCUCGACAAUUUGAUUUUUCUGGAAGUAAUGAUGAACUUAUGAUUACAUUAUCAAGUGUUAACAUCAUCACCAUCUUUAGAUUUAAGCAUAGAUACAUAGUUAAUCGUAAACUCGAGAACCUUGCAUUGAAUUCAGUGAUUGAUCCACUUACAUCAAUUUAUUUAAUGCGAAACACCAGAGAAAGUCUUGGGAUGACACCGACGAACAGAUUUGCCACCGAUAGAUUGAUUGAUGCCGCGUUUCAAAUCUGCAUAAAAACUCGUCAUUAUGAAUCUUAUCAUUACAAUCUAUCAAAAGAAAUCUGGAAAUGGAAUUUGAUUAUUUAA